AUGGAUACUAUGGCUUCAUUCUCUUACAUGCUCUCUGAGAUCUGUCUGGGAUUCGUGCAGUUUGGCUUCGUUGCCAUCUACCUCUCGGAAUCCUUCAUCCGGGGCUUCAUGACUGCAGCAGGGCUCCAGAUCCUCAUCUCGGUGCUCAAAUAUGUCUUUGGCUUGACGAUCCCGGCCUACACUGGGCCCUUGGCCAUCGUCUAUACAUUUAUUGAUAUUUGCAAAAAUCUCCCCAAGACCAACGUGGCCUCCUUGAUCUUCGCCCUGAUCAGCACUGUGCUCCUUAUUAUUGUGAAAGAGCUCAACAUGAAAUACAUGAAGAAGAUCCGGGUGCCCAUCCCCAUGGAGAUUGUCAUAGUCAUAGUAGCUACCGCGGUCUCCGGCUGCUUGAACAUGCCUGAGAAAUACAACAUGCCAAUCGUUGGGAAGAUUAAGAUGGGCUUCCCAGUCCCCACACUCCCACUGGUGAGCAAGUGGAAAGAUAUGGUUGGCACAGCUUUUUCACUUGCCAUUGUGGGCUACGUGAUCAACCUGGCCAUGGGACGAACCCUAGGAACCAAACAUGGCUAUGACGUAGACCCCAACCAGGAAAUGCUUGCCCUGGGCUGCAGUAACUUCUUUGGAUCCUUUUUCAAAAUCCAUGUGAUCUGCUGUGCUCUGUCUGUAACCCUAGCUGUGGACGGGGCUAGAGGAAAAUCUCAGGUUAUUACUUUCUUCUUCCUGGCGCCCAGUUUCACACUAGCAACCGUGAUGACACCUCCACGAUUAGUGUAUAGACGGCCACAGAGGGGCACCUGA